AUGUCGCUGAGCAGUAGUCAAGGCCGGGCAACAAAUAACAAUUUUUUACUUAUUUUUUCUACCUUAUUAAUGCCACCAUUUCAGAUGGAUGCAAAAUUACCGGGCUAUAUCAGGGAAGGUGACAUAGAGUAUCCAUUUGAAGAGACAAAUGGAGUAGGUGAUGAAAACCGUAUCCGCGGUAAUUGGAGCACGAAAACGGAUUACAUGUUGGCGGCUGUAGGAUUCACCUUUGGAAUAGGUAAUCUCUGGCGAUUUCCAUUCCUUAUUUUUCAACAUGGCGGAGUAGCCUUCUUUAUUCCUUACCUGAUAGUUCUUGUAAUCGCUGCGCUGCCCAUGUUUUUUAUGGAAAUCGUACUCGGACAAUUUUCUUCUUUAGCCGCUAUUUCCGUUUGGAAUGUGGUUCCGCUAUUCAAAGGCGUCGGUGUAGCUAUGGUAUUAAUAUCGUGCAUAAUUGCAAUUUAUCUGAACAUCGUCUCCGCGUGGUCUCUAUUUUACUUCAUUAAUUCCAUCAGCUUCUCGUUACCUUGGUCGAACUGUGAGAACUCUUGGAGUGGCUUGAACUGCUCUCUUGGCACGCGUAUCUCUUGCACCGAAGCGAACGGUACCCUCCUUCUCAAUGGUUCAUGUGUGAUACAGGUCAACGCUAACACAACCGUGGUUAUAUCUGGAACUAAUCCGCAGUCUAUACCAAGUCUUCGAUACUUUCAUGAAGACGUUUUGAUGUUGUCGACAGGAUUCACUGAUAUCGGCACACUUAAUUGGUAUCUAGGGAUAUGUGUGCUAUUGUCAUGGGUAGCUGUAUUUCUCUGCCUUUUUCAAGGUGUGAAAUCAAGCGGAAAGGUUGUAUACGUUGUAGUAGUACUGCCAUUCAUAAUAAUGACUGUACUACUUGCUCGAUUACUAACGCUCGAAGGAUCAUUCGCCGCUCUCGCACAUUUUCUUUAUCCCGAUUGGCGGGCGCUUAAAAAUCUUACGGUGUGGGGUGAAGCUGCAGUACACGCAUUUUAUUCAGUUGCUUGCUGUACAGGAGGUCUAUACACGACCUCAAGUUACAAUCGGUUUCAUAACAAUCUGUUUAAGGAUCUAUGGGUGAUCCUUACUGUUGAUGUUAUAACGUCAGUUAUAUGUUGUGUACUCACUUUUUCUGCAAUCGGUUUUACAUGCUUCGAAUUUUCUAUCUCACUAGAAAAGUUUCAUAUUCGGGAUGGAGCUCACCUCGUUUUCGUAUUUCUGGCGGAAGCCUUAGCCGGUGUUCCAGUAGCACCACUGUACACUGGUCUUUUCUUUUUGAUGGUGGUGCUAAUCAUUCACUCUACGCAGUUAUUCGUUGUGGAAACAAUUGUUACGUCGCUGUGUGAUGAGUUUCCAGAACGUCUGCGACGCAAUAGACGUCAUGUCCUAACGACUGUAUGCGCAGCCUUUAUGGUGCUUAGCAUACCAUUUUGUUUGUCGGUGAGUGGACUGUUUUGGCUGUUGUUGCUGGCCAAAUUCACGAUAACAUGGCCAUUAGUGGUGAUUGCUUUCUUGGAAUGCAUGGCAAUCAGCUGGGUUUACGGUGUAGACAAUCUUCUUGACAACAUAAAAUGGAUGACCGGUUCCUACCCACCAUGCUACAUCUUUUGGAAGAUUCUUUGGAAAUUCAUUUGUCCGAUGACAUAUCUGUCUAUACUUUGCUUCUUGUGGUUGGACUGGCAUUCGAUAUCGUACGAAUCCUAUAUCUUCCCCUAUUGGACAUCGCUGCUCGGAUGGGCAAUCAGUGUGUUUCCGCUGUUGUUCGUACCAAUAGUGGCAGUCAUNCAAAUUUGUACUGCAAGAGGAUCACUGUCGCAGAAGUGGGCCAGUGUGUUGAAUCCGGACGACUCGUGGGGACCAGCUUUAGCGGUCCAUAGAGCCGAGCAAUUCCCACUUCAAAUUCCUGAAGCUCGUCGCCUUCUUAUUUCUCCGGAAGUAGAGGUUGUCGGAAGUCGUACUGGGGUAAGUUCGUGGAUUUACAAUUUACAAACAUUCAAGAGUGCCCUUAGAGCCGUACGUCGUACGAUGAGCACAGGUGCAUCGGGAAGGGCGAGAAGUGCAGCGCCUACAAUCAAUAGUUUGUGUGCUACAUUUGAACGGGAAACAGCUAUUUAA